GUAGUGAAUAUUUAUUUGUCUAUCUGGUCAAGCUGAGCUAAGCAGUGGGGUCACCAUAUUUAGGGCUGGGCCCACUAUUUUGUCACCGACGACGGGCUCUCUAACAUAUGAGUACUACAACAACAUGUCUGCUCACCUCACCUUUUUCUUCCUUCUUAUUCACUGUCACUUCCCAAGUAACACUCACAUUGUCGCACAACACAACGUACACUGUGCCCCCCCUCUCUUCACCUACACUUCCACUUCCACCUCCUAGUUAGUUAACCCUCUAAUUCUUUCUCUGUUCCAUGCUGAUUAUGCAUUACUACUGCUAGGGGCACCGAGAUUGUUCAUCACAAGAGAAGAAGUGAUAAGUUCCCAGUUGCUGAAAUUUUCUUCUAAAUGGGUUUUUCCUCUCUCCACGUCUGCAUGGACUCAUCAGAUCACUGGAUGCAGGGCACAAUUCACGAGGAGUGUGGGGUGGAUAAUUCUUCUUCACCAUCUGGCGAAAUGCUUCCAUGCUCGAGGCCAAUGACAGAGAGUAGGCUAAGACCCCCCCAAGAGCAAGCCCUCAAGUGCCCUAGGUGUGAAUCAACACACACCAAGUUCUGCUACUACAACAACUACAGUCUCUCCCAGCCCAGGUACUUCUGCAAGACAUGUAGAAGGUACUGGACCCAAGGGGGCACUCUUAGGAACAUUCCUGUUGGUGGUGGUUGCAGAAAAAACAAGAAAGUUUCUACCAAGAAACACAAUGACCAACACCAACCAGCUGUUAAUCAAAACCAACCUCACCCUGGACCCUCUUAUCUUCAUAAUCACAAAGAUCUUCAACUUCCCUAUCUUGAUGUGCAAUUUCCCCACCUCAACAAUUUACUUGGGACUAAUGCUGGGGCACUGCAGGGAAACCCUAGUUUUAUGGAGAGUAAGUAUAACAUGGGCAUGCUUGAGAACCCUAGGCCUAUUGACUUCAUGGAAAGCAGGUUGGAUGGUAUGAGUAUGAUUAGGGGUUCCACUAGGAGUUUUGAGCUUCUUGAAAACAGUGAUAUGAGUGUGGGUGGUGGUGUUGGGUUUGGUGAUGUGAGUGGCUACAAUGGAUUGCCAUUGAAUUAUCAAGGUCUUUCGUCUUCAGCAUUUGGAGGCAUGUCUCUAGAUGGAAGCAUUAACAAUGUUGGAACUUAUAUAAUGGACUCUUGCCAGCGACUUAUGUUGCCCUAUGAUGGAGGUGACAACACCCUCAAUGGUUCAAUUGAUGUGAAGCCAAACCCUAAGCUGUUGUCCCUUGAAUGGCAAGAUCAGGGUUGCUCUGAUGCUGAAAAAUUGUCACUGGGAUAUCUUAAUGGUUCAGGAUCAUGGACCGCCUAUGGAUCUUCCACAGCAAACCCUUUGGUCUAGAGCUAAUUCAUAAUUAAUCUCACUUAUUAUCUUAUCAUGAAUUAAUCAUGCAGAUAUAUGAUCAAAGGUGGUGAUAAUUAUGCUCUCUUCAGGCUUGGGUAAUAUGUUAAAUGAGCUAAUAAUAAAGCCUUUUGAUGGAAGGGUUCUUUGUAUUUAUCUUUGAUAGUGUUUCUUUCUGCCAAGUUGGUCUUCGUUUGGUAUUGACUUAACAAAAAGAGUGUGAAUGGGGAAGCUCCAGUGUCCAAAAUGGACUGCUUUGGUGCAUUACCUUUAGAUUCUUCUUGUCUUUGUGUGCGCAGCAGCUCUCUGAAAGCUUUAGGAUUUGUUGUAACUUCGAGGAUGAUAUGGUAGUUCUUUUCAUCUUGAAGAAAAUGCGCAGCAUAGUGCUAUAUUAUAUUUAUUUUCUAUGUUUGUUUUGUAGGGUUCAGUAUGCGUCCUUAAUUAUUCAUGUGCUAACUCCUUGUAACUAUUAAUGGGCGGGACUUCUUUUUGAA